CAAAUCAAAGACCGAGGAUAACUAAUUCUGGGGUUUGUGGUUCGACUUGUUCUCUCUCUUUACAUCCCACAAAUACACACGUCUUUCGAUUCAAGUCAAAAUAGACAAAUAAUCACAAUGGCUCCUCCCGCAAAGACCUUCACCCGUGACGAGGUGCGCGAGCACACCAGCGAGGAUUCGCUCUGGUGCGUUAUUGACAACACCGUCUACGACCUGACCGAGUUCGUCUUCGCCCAUCCCGGUGGUGAGGCCGUCCUCCAGCAGAUUGCUGGCCAGGAUGCCACCUCUGCCUUCUACAACCUUCACAGACACGAGGUGCUCACCAAGUACGCCGACCUCGCCAUUGGCACCAUCAAGGGCCAGUCUCCCGAAGUCAUCACUCCCCAGCCCGGCGACCUGUGCCCCGUGCCCUACGCCGAGCCUCUCUGGCUUAACCCGGUCUUCAAGAGCCCCUUCUACAAGGAGUCGCAUCACACCCUGCGCAAGGCCAUCCGCGUCUUCACAGAAAAGUACCUGAUCCCCGAGGCCCAGGACUGCGAAGCCACCGGCCGCUACAUCAGCCAGGACAUGAUUGACCACAUGAGCCGUGUUGGUCUCCUGCACAUGCGUCUCGGCCCCGGCAAGCAUCUCCACGGCGUGGAGCUGCUCGGUGGUGCCGUCAAGGGCGAGGAGUUUGACUACUUCCACGACAUGAUUAUCACCCAAGAGAUGUCGCGAACCAUGAUGCGUGGCUUCAUGGACGGAAACAUGGCUGGUAUGUGCAUUGGCUUGACCUGUGUCCUCAACUUCGCCCACGACCAGGCCUGGAAGAAGAAGAUUGCCGACGAGGUCUUCAGCGGCAAGAAGAAGCUCUGCCUUGCUAUUACUGAGGCCUUUGCUGGCUCUGAUGUCGCUGGUCUGCGCACCACUGCCGUCAAGACCCCUGAUGGCAAGCACUACAUUGUCAACGGUACCAAGAAGUGGAUCACCAACGGUGUCUUCUGCGACUACUUUGUCACUGGUGUCAACACCGGCAAGGGCCUGAGCGUUCUUCUAAUUGAGCGUGGCGAGGGUGUCGAGACCAAGGCCAUCAAGACCUCGUACUCACCCGCCGCCGGUACCGCCUACAUCACCUUUGACAACGUCAAGGUCCCCGUCGAGAACCUGCUCGGCCAGGAGAACAAGGGUAUUCACGUUAUUCUCAGCAACUUCAACCACGAGCGUUGGAUGAUGGCCUGUGGCUCUAUCCGCGGCGCCAGAAUGAUUGUCGAGGAGUCCCUCAAGUGGGCUAACCAGCGUGUUGUCUUUGGCAAGCGUCUCAUUGACCAGCCCGUCAUCCGCCAAAAGCUCGCCAAGAUGAUUGCCCUCGUCGAGUCGAACCAGGCCUGGCUCGAGACCAUCACCUACCAGAUGUGCAACAUGCCCUACAAGCAGCAGGCCCAGCACCUUGCUGGCCCCAUUGGUCUGCUCAAGAUGAGCGUCACCCGCGCCGCUCACGAGAUUGCCGACGAGGCUGUCCAAAUCUGGGGUGGCCGUGCCCUGACACAAUCCGGCAUGGGCAAGCACGUCGAGAUCUUCAACAGAACAUACAAAUUCGAUGCUAUUCUCGGCGGUGCUGAAGAGGUCCUUGGUGAUCUAGGUGUCAGACAGGCCAUGCGUGGCUUCCCCAAGUCUAUGCUGUAAACUGAGUCUCAUUUGUUCUAGCGACUGUAUUUUUGGUGUUUGAAUUGUAAAAAGAUUACGAAAAGAUUCAUGUUUAAUUUGCUUCUAUAUCAUAUCGUACACGUGUAUGCUCUAAGUCUAUUCUCCUUCUAGGUUUGGUGUCUCUGUUUUAUUGUACGCUUUGGCGAUGCGUUUCGCAACUAGUUCGCCGCUCCAAUAAGCCCCCGUGGCAGUACCCAAGGCGACAAAUGGUGCAGUAUGCUCUCCGGCAAACCACAGUCCGUAGUCUGGUAGCCCUUCGCGCAUGAUUUCAAUGGCCUUAUCGCCGUCUUCCAGCCCAAUUUGGAAAUUUGCGUAGCUGCCGUUCCCAGCAAGCUCGUCGUUGAGCCAUUCUGUCGCAAGGAACUCAAUAGGCUGGCACUUCGGAUCGCUUGCGUUGUAGUUAUGAAGGCGAGAGUAGCAUGGCUCAAACAUUGAGGUCAAGAACUUUUGCUUUUGCUCUUGUGUGUCUAGACUGGCGAGGGUGGAGGUGACAUGCCUUGAUUGGUCGCCAAAUAUAUAGAACAGCAAGGUGGGAUGCGCAGCUCGAGGAUCGAUGCUUGCCAGUUCUACCAUUUCCUGAUGCCAUUUGUGCGGGUUUGAAGAGGUGGCAUAUUCUGGAGAUAUCCAUUGGACAAAGCCCUUUGUCUUCUUGGUCUCAUCGGAACCCUGCAGCCAGAAGGCUUCUGGGAAGUUGACGUAUACUUUUUCCAGGCACCCGUACCCUAUUUUGUCGAUUGCUGAAGAAAGGGAAUGCGGUAGAGGUGGUUUAAAGGCGCUGUCUUUGUUACGUUUCAGCCACCCCAGCGGUGUCGUGCAGAUAACUUCGGCAAACUCCAGUGUUUGAUUCGUAUUGGUAGUGACUGAUACUUGGCUACCAGCCUGCUCUAGUCGUGUAAUUCGUUGUACAGUAGUAUUAUACUGAAUUGAGGCAGCGUCUAGUGCGGGCUUUGCGAUGGUUUGCAAAAUUUGUUUGUAAGUUCCCGCACAAAGGAGGUUUUCUACCGCUUAGAUUAGUAUCUGUUGAGUGUUUGGAUAUACUGAACAUGUACAUACCUCCGUCUAUGCACUCUUCUAACCAGAAGUACUUUAGACUCUGUGUAGAUAUCGGACUUCCUACAAACGCACCCCACAUGUGGCACAUCUGCAAGAUAAUCUUUCGCUUUGACUCAAAAUUGGGCUCGGUGCGCGUUAUCUUUUCCUCAACUAUCUCCCCAAAGAAGUCUAGAAGACUUCGAGAUGGGUCAAUUUCUGAACAUGACUUGUUUGAAUAGGCAAAAGCGUCUUGGAUAAUGUUCCACAUCGUUGUAGAGUAGUUUUCGCCUUCUUCUUGCGAGAGCAGUGCUCCCUGUUCGUCAAAGAUGUUGGUCGAGUCGUCCCAGCUGCCGAUUACGGUACCUGUAUCCUUGGCUAAAUCAUGUAUCGGGUUUUCCUCAGUACCAUGAAUCCAGUUUGGGCCCAUGUCGAUAUCAUGUCCGCUUUUCAUCGUCUGCUGGUGGACCCUGCCGCCUACUCUGUUGCGGCCUUCGAGAAUAGUCACGUCGAACCCAUGACGAAGCAAAACGUCAGCACAUCUUAAACCAGAUAUGCCGGCUCCAAUAAUACAGACACGGGGCUUCGCUCCGAGCUCGAAUGCUCGAUACUGAAAGGAAUUAAUCACAGUCGUUAUGAAACUAUAAAUGAGGCAUUCACCUUUUGAUAUUGAUUUGUAGUCAUCUUGAAGCGUUCUACCUCUUCUGAGUCUUUAAUAGACAGCUUCCCCAACCCGGUUGUAUAAAAGAGGUCUUGAUAUAUCCUUGAUGUGGAUCUUUCCGAAAUAUUAGUAAAGCAUACGGAGAAUGCGUCCAUGCCCCGGCCAAAGCAGGAGAGUAACGAUUGAGACACCCGUGUAGGGUAGAUGUAUGUCAGGUGUAUAGGCUGUUGUGCUAGUCCAACAACUAGCAUCAGCGUUGCACUGUGCUGUAAUAUGGGAUAACCCUCCGAUUGGAUGUUCUUAUAGUCGAUAGGGUGGUAUCAAGAGACUGUGGUACUGUACUGUAGUUACUGGGGAGAGUGAGGCCUUUAGCGGGUCCGGCAAAGAAGUCUGACAGGUAUACACGCUGCUGCCUGAGUUUGGAUGACAGCAAAUAGGUCGUACUAGUAUAUUGUUGCAUAUAUUGUCCCUGU